UACAAAUAUAAUAAUAAAAAUAGUAAUGUGCUUGUUAAAGUUUGUGAUUUGUUUAAGUUUUGUUUUAGUUAUAUCAGUAUCCCAAGUAUCAGCUGGCAUCAAACACAUCGAAGCUAAUCCAGAUGCAAAGCGACUCUACGACGACCUCCUGAGCAACUACAACAGAUUAAUUAGGCCAGUUAUAAACCAUACCGAAACUUUAACGGUAUGGCUCGGUCUCAAGUUGUCACAGCUGAUUGAGAUGAACCUUAAGAACCAAAUAAUGACCACCAAUCUUUGGGUCGUUCAGAAAUGGUAUGAUUACAAACUGCGGUGGGAUCCUGAGGAAUAUGGAGGUGUUGAAAUGCUCUAUGUACCGUCUGAACAUAUUUGGCUGCCUGAUAUAGUACUCUUUAACAAUGCCGAUGGAAACUACGAAGUGACGCUGAUGACAAAAGCUACGCUGUCUUAUACUGGAGAAGUAAUUUGGAAACCUCCCUCCAUAUAUAAAUCUUCUUGCGAGAUAAAUGUGCAAUACUUUCCGUUUGAUGAACAAAGCUGUCUAAUGAAAUUUGGUUCCUGGACUUACAAUGGCCUCCAAGUCGACUUGAAACACAUGGAGCAAGUCGCCGGCAAUAAUAUCGUCAAGGUCGGCAUUGAUCUAUCCGAAUUUUAUCUAUCGGUGGAAUGGGACAUACUCGCUGUACCUGCCACGAGGAACGAGGAAUAUUAUCCCUGUUGUACGGAACCCUAUUCCGAUAUAACAUUCAAAAUAACCAUGAGACGGAAAACGCUGUUCUACACUGUCAACUUGAUAAUCCCGUGCGUUGGGAUCACGUUUUUAACUGUUCUCGUCUUCUAUCUGCCCUCCGAUUCCGGGGAGAAGGUGACACUUUGCGUCUCGAUCCUGCUCUCACUCACCGUGUUUUUCCUGCUGCUCGCUGAGAUUAUUCCGCCGACUUCCCUCGCUGUGCCAUUAUUGGGCAAAUACCUACUCUUCACGAUGAUAUUAGUCACUUCCUCAAUAUGGGUGACGGUUUGUGUUCUUAACAUUUAUUUUAGAUCCCCAUCCACACACAAGAUGUCCCCGCUGUUUCGCAAGAUAUUCCUACACUUUAUGCCGAAACUUUUAAUUAUGCGACGAACUAAGUAUACUUUGCCAGAAUACGACGAUACCAUGCCACCGAGAGGGUACACUAAUGACAUGGAUAUGCAUUUGAACAUGGGCGAACCGUUCACGACAGACUUUAAAAUUACAACAAGGGAGCCGAGCUUCGUUCUCCAGAACGCCGAUCAGGACGAUAACAAAAUGAAAGCUCAUUCUUCCAUGACUGGUUCUUCGAAUAUGACUCCCCGUACAUUAUCCGCCAACGUAUUAGCCGCCCUGGAGGGUGUCAGAUUUAUUGCACAGCAUAUCCGCGACGCGGAUAAGGACAAUGAGAUUGUGGAGGAUUGGAAAUUCGUUUCGAUGGUGUUGGAUCGAUUUUUCCUGUGGGUUUUCACGUUGGCUUGUAUAGGAGGUACUUGCGGCAUUAUUUUUCAGGCACCUUCCUUGUACGACACUCGUAUUCCUGUUGAUCAGCAACUCAGUGAGAUUCCGUUAAAUAAAAUAUUCCCGUUGCCUCCGCAACAUUUGGACAUGAUGCAACAAUCGUCACUGAUGGAUCAAUAAUUUCUUGUUCUUGAAAGAAUUAUGUUGAAGUGUUUUGUUUCAAAAUAAUUCUUUUAAUGCGUCUAUUUAAUCUAUGUUACAAGCACAAAUUAAUAGCAUGAAACUUAUUUAGCAACGAAUUUAGUAUUAUUAUGAUUGAUAAUUCAAUUUCCAGUAUUAUCAAGUCUUCCAUUACUUAACUUUUAAGUAUGCUCAAAAUUCUUUGUUUUAUAUACUUUAUGGAAAACUAGGAUAGACAUUACAUUUCAAACAAAUAAUCAUUGUAAUUUUCGACAACUUUGUUAUCGAUUAUGGUUAUCUAUUAACAGAUAUGUAUUAGAAUAGAUGUUAAAUAUUGUUAUUUGUUUCCAACUGUUAUUAUUUAUACAAGAAUAAUAUGUUUAAUAUCAUGUUAAAAAUGAAUUAUCUUCUGGGUAAUCUAAUGAAAUGAUUUAAUGUUUGUUGUAAUAUUUUCAUCGGUUGUGAUAUUUGUUAAACAUUAUAUUGUAUAUCAUUUACAAUGGUGGACAUAAAUUUGAAAACUUAUUUUUUCAGCAGACAAUUAAUAAAAGUACCUAUGACUGGAAACCCAAUAUUUGUUUAUAAAUAAUGUUCUUAUAAAAAACAAUUUUUUUAUAAAUUUUAUUUUAUAUAGGCCAGAAAUUUUGAAACUUUUUAUUAAUGUUUAUUAUUAGAUUAGUACUUUGUUGCAUAGGACUGAAUUGGCACAUAUCUCACAGGAAAUCGUCUUCCACUUCGACCAAAGUGCUCUCCAAAGUUAUGUCUAUCCAAAUGUUCUAUGGGGUUCAGCUCAAGUCUCUGAGAAUGCCAGUUUAUAAGAGUAACGGGAAUCUCUUGAAAUCAAUGAUUUCCUAGUGGGCUAGAAUGGUUGACAUCAUUCUUUUGAUGGAAUCUCCAUUGCACCAGCAUCUCGCACUAUCCAUAUGGAAGCAUCAUAUUCUUAUAAGUUCCUGUUAUAGUUGCAAAAAACAUUCCUAAAACAAUAGACCACCACCUCCAUAUUUUACACUGGCUAUUUAGAUAAUACCUCGUAAUUUUGGACGUUUUACGUACUAUUUACCAUCACUUCCAAAUAUGUUGAAAUUGCUUUUGUCGCUCCACAAAAUAAUUUUCCAUUUUUUAUCAGUCCAAUCAAUGUGAUUUCGUGCAAAUCCAAUCGUAACAUCCUAUUCUUUAAUUAAUUAAUUUUAAUUAAAGACUACUUUGGAUGGCUACCUCUGAGAUACGAUAUCAUAUCAGAUAUCAUUAAUACAUACAUAUACUUGAAUAAAAGUAAUAGAAAACAACCGACUAAGGGACAAUUUGUUAAACGUAGAAAAAGUUUUAAUUUUUAUGGCCAAACGAAUACUAUCAUUUAAAAACCAUUAAUAUUUUAUAGACAUAGAGAACAUUAGACAGGUCGUUAAAAAUUAAAUUUCUUACAACACCCCCUAUAAAACUUUUUUUGAUGAGAAAACACUAGUAAUUUUUUUAUUUUCAACAAUACGUGCCUCAAAACGUUCUCAGUUAAUUUUUUGGUAAAACCUUUUUUUGAAAAUAUUAAAUAUGUAAUUACAGUAGUGGACAAAAAAUAUAUAAAUUAUGUUAUUUAUUGACAAAACAUGUCACAUUAACGAUGACAUAAAAAAACGACAAUUUUUAUCACGACAAAAACUAGUGCUACCCUUCAUAAAAAUUUUAAAAAAGUAGAUCCAAUGUAAAUGGCUUAAUUUUGAAUAUUUCGUUCAGUAUCCCUCAUUGGCUAUAACAUCCUCAGAUUUUUUUGAGAAUGAGGUACAUAUCGUAUAUGGAAAAACAACCCCAAACUAUAUCCCUGCAUUCAUAUUUAAUAAUUGUUGUUUAGUAACAUAUUUUGGAUGAAGUCUCCGGUUUUUAAGACGAUGAACAAACUGUCCACCAUCACUUCCGAAAAUAUUAAACUUUUAUUCGUCCUAAAAUUUUAUUUAAUAUUUAAGAUAGUCGCUCUAAUUUUGUCCGAUACUGAAUAUCUUUUUGACAUUCGAAAAUUUCUGACAAUGGAACAUCGUUAUUAUAACUAUUUUCUGUGAUAAGUUUCAAGUAAUAGCUCCAUGAAAAGUUUAAAAUUUUAAUCAUUAUAUUUUGUUUUUGAGUUUUUAUUUAUUUAAUAUUUUUAUAUUUUUCUGAAAAAAAAUCCCGAAAAACAUAAUUUUUCCAAAAAAUUAACUUAGAUCCUCUUAAGACACUAUAUUUCUCAUCAAAAGAAAUAUUUUUAGGAGGCGUCGCAAGAAAUUUAAUUUUUAGCGACCAGUCUAAAGAACAUGUAUGUAUUUAAUUUGUUUGAAAUCAAAGUAUUUUAAUUAUUUUUGUAAUUACUUUAUUUAAAAUUAUAAAAAGUUUUCACAUUUAUUGCCACCACCUUAUCUUAAAUAUUUAAUGUAGAUUAUUAUUUAAUAAAACAUUGCUCAUAACCACAUCACUAACGCAAACCUGUGUUUUAAAAUUCAUAUCCUGUUCUUUCCGAUUACGCAAACACUAAUCUAAUAAUGUCAAGUGCAAAUUAUGUCAAGCUUACUUAUCAGUUACUCUAAAUUAAAACGCAUUUG